CGGUAGAGAAGCUUCCGAAAAGGACACCCCAAAAGCCUCAACGCGUCUUAAAAAGAUCAAAAGAACGUAAUAAGGAAGACGAGCGUGCUCUUAGUACUUUGGCGGUGGGAGGGGGAGGGGAGGAGAGAGAGAGAAAGAGAGAGGCUGAAACACUUACCUUAACAAUAGGUAUUGGAACCCUGAGGCGGCGCCAGCCGAUCGGAACGCAUGGAAGAACAGGAGGAAGGCCUCCCGCCGCUAUCCGACGCGUCUUCCAGCUGGAAAUCCUCGGCCGACGGCGCCUCCAUCUCGAUCGCCUCCCUCCACGACCUCUGCGUCGGGGAGGGCCUCGACUGGGGCCUGCCCGGCGGGAUCGGGGACGGACUCACGCCGGCGUUCGAUCUGCCGUCAUGGGUGACGGAGGAGCCGAGAUCCAGCGACGCAGCCGCGGCAGUGGCGGCGUCGAGCUCGAGCGACGAGCGUCCCGGCGGGAAGCCCGCCGAGAAAGCGAACACAAGUGCCGAAAGGGUGCAAACGGGAACUCGUCAACCGAGGUUUGCAUUCAUGACCAAGUCUGAAGUGGAUCACCUGGAAGAUGGCUAUCGGUGGAGAAAGUACGGACAGAAAGUCGUCAAGAACAGCCCAUUUCCGAGGAGCUACUACCGGUGCACACACAGCAAGUGCAAUGUAAAGAAGAGAGUCGAGCGCUGUUCGCAAGAUCCCAGCAUCGUCAUCACCACCUACGAAGGCCAACACUGUCACCACACCGUCUCCGCCUCCCCUCGCACCGACGCGUCGCCAUCUCAACAGCUUGCCUCAUCGGCACCGCAGAUUUGUCUGCCGGCGAUUCAGUUCCAUCGGAACCCUCCCGUGCUUCCUGUCAUCCGUCCGGGCCAAGUAAUCGGUCCACGGUACGAGGAGCGAACGCCGAUGGCGAUGGAGAGAACCUCGCCGGCUCCCACGGACGAAGGCCUGCUGGAUGACGUCGUGCCAUCUGGAAUGAGAAGGAGAUGACGAAAGUAAUCUGGUUCUUCGGAAGAAAUCGAAGCAUGGAAAUAUAUAUUCAUCUACGUGGCUCCUCUUUCGGUUAUUAGACAUACUGAUGCUUGGCAGGUUUUAGGUGUUGCCAUCCGGACUCUGCUCCUUCCCUCUCCUAAUCAUUUGUAGCUCUUCUCAUUUAAUUUCUAGAUCUUCUUCUGUUGUUGUAAGAGUUCAUGUCGGAGAAAAAGAGAACUCAUAGCUAUUCAUGGGAAGAACGAGAUCUCAACCUCUUUGUUUCCUACCUCGUUCGUCUCCGGUCCUGCGGCACCUGAGAAGAGAAAGAAGGUAAACAACCGCGUUCUCAAUGAUGACGGCGACUUUUCUUGUCUUGUCUCAUCGGUUUCUUUCCUUUCUCCUCUCUCUCAUAGGCGUUUUGAACUUGAUCUAAAGGUCAGAUAAAAGUGAGAGUGAGAGAGAGAGAGAAAAGAAUACGCUGGCUUCCUCGGGAACAGGAACUGUCCUUCGUGGAAGAGUUGUACGUCAGAACCAAUUUGCAUGGCAUGCACGUCAUGUGCCCUUUUGAAGAGCCAAUAGAGAUCUAAAGCAGAUCACAGGGAAUUGGGGCCUUUUGCCUAUCUAUUCUCUCUCUUCCUUUUAGCUUCAGUUACAUUAUAUGAAACCUAGAUAGAUAUAAAGAACAAUAAAUAUAGCACCU